UAUCUCAAAGGACUUCAGCGUUUCUGAAGUGUAACACUACACUCGAGGAAGAUCGCAACGGGUUUGUGCUCAGUCGUCCGCAGUCACACGACCCUCAACGCCAUACCAUCGCCUCGUUGCCUCGCCAUGGCGCGGGCGAACGGACCAUGGCUUCUCAAGACGACGACGACGACCAGCAAGCACCAGAGCAGAGCAAGCUCGCUUGGUAGAGAAUUCCCCGUAGCUCCUCCGCACUCCACAUCAUGGCGUUCUGCGCUGCUCCAUGCGCUGCUGCCACGAGUCACCUCGGCGCACCUCCUGCUCUGCUCUACUGUAUCAGACAGACUCACUCUCCUCUCCCUCCACCAUCACCCUCACCGGGCGUGGGGUUGCCUCGUCGCAGGGCGCUGAAAUCCACUGCGAGCGAGCGACAGCUGCUCAUAGAAUCGAAACCCCUUAUGCCGACCGCCGUAGGUGUUUCCCAAGGCGUUCCAAGCAAUCGAUAAGUACCGCCGCGCUCUCAAACCCGCCGUUUCGCGAAUCCGCUGACACAUU